CAUUUGCCUUUGACAUUUAAACUUAUCGAAUUAGCAUAGCAAGUUAUGGCUGGUAUUGGAAUUUUGAAUUUUGCAAUAAACCAGAUGUUACGGUAUUGAGCUCGUAAUUCAUCUACUAUUCGUUCUAUUUGAAAAAAUACCAGUUUAAUUGUUUUUCUACAAUUAUUCCUUCAAGUUCCAGUUGAUGAAAUUAAAAGAAUCUUGUCAAAUGAAUGAGGAUUCCAUUAUGAAUUCCUCAGGCACUUUAAAUUACCAAUUCAUGAUGAAUUCAGCUUUGAACAAAGCGCAUCAGCAAGAAAGGAAAGCAGAAUUACUACUCAGUAAGAAAAAAUUUGAAGAAUGUAUUGAAUGCCAUAAAAAUGCCAUCUCGCUUUUUACUGAGGCAAUGUCCAAAACAACUGAUAAGAAGGUGCUUCUAUCACUGCAACUGCAGAAAAAAUAUAAUGAAAAACAAAUCGGUAUUGUACAAAUGCAAAAAGAGAAAGUUGUAAAGAACAGGAAAAGUUCUGUGUCUAGUUUUGAGUUAGAGAGCGAAGAUGGGGAAUCUGCCCUAAAGACAGCAAUUUUUCAUAAUAUUAUUGUUCAAGAUUCUCUUAUUGAUCGCUUAGAGCGAAGACGUUUUGGUAAUGAAAAUGACAGUUCUACGAGUGACACUGAUGAAAAAAGUAUCAAGUUUGACAAAAUUGUUGAGGACACUAAAGCAAUAGGCAAUAAACAUCCAAAAGAUGAUAGAACUACAAUAGAAGAAUUGAAAAUUUUACGUAAUCAGUUGCAAGAUCUUGUACAGAUAUUGGUUACACAACUGGAUGAACGUAAUAAGGAAAUUGAUCACCUCAAAUCAAGAAUAAAGCAUUUGGAACUUCUACAAGAUGGGUCAUUCAAAAAUAGCAGUUUGAAGGUUGUGACAGAUUCGUCAGGUGGUACAUCGCCCUAUAUAUUUUCACCUUGUAGUGAACUCAGUCCUGAUGUAAAUGAAUUAGGAACUUUGCCAACACUUAUGCCACUUGAACUACCCAAAUUUGAUUACAACAAUCUGGACGAAACUAAUAAUGUUAAUAAUAAUUAAAUAUAUUAUUGGAUAUUAAUUCACAAAUUCUAUUAUGGAACUGUUAAAUAAAUAUUGAUGAAGCUUG